AUGCUGCAGUUCCUGGGGCGGCUGGUGGAUACGUUCAACACCGUGACCCAGAUAUUCACGAACCCGUACCGCGUGAAGGAGGUGCCGGCUGCGGAGUACGCCGGGCACGCCUGUCUGCGGGAGGAGGGCAGGGUGGCCCUCUACAAGAACAGCCCCGCUCGCUCCUGGGAUUGCCUGCUGGUGAAUCCCCAGAGCCCGCAGGUCGCGUUCCGGCUCUUCCAGCUGGAUAAUGAGGCCGAUGCCUUGGUGCACUUUGAGCAGUUUGCCCGGCAGCUGCGACCUUUCUACGAGAGCUCGAGCCAGCCCUUGUCGCUGGAGGACCUCCAGCAGCUCAGCGACUGUGUGCGCAGCCACCCCGGCUGGUCCUCGGCACCCCUGGCCGUGGAGAUCGGCCGCCGCGAGACCUUCCGGCACAACCACGUCCAGAGCUGUGUGAACAGCACGGACAGUGAGGAUGGCUGCACCCCACUGCACCUGGCAUGCCGCAAGGGAGACAUGGAAUGCCUGCUGGAGCUGCUGGAGUGCCACGCGCGGGUGGACAUCACCGACAGGAACGGGGAGACUGUUUUCCACUAUGCUGUGCGAGGAAACAACCCCCAGAUCAUUGAGCUCCUGGGCAGAACCCCAACUGCUGGCUUGGACCACCUGAAUCAUGAAGGGCUGACUGCUCUGCACCUCGCGUGCCAGCUGGGCAAAGAGGACAUGGUCCGGUCCCUGCUGAAGUGCCAUGCCAACUGCAGCGUCGUGGGCACGCUGGGCUGCCCCAUCCACACAGCACUGAAGUUCUCCCAGAAGGGGUGUGCCCAGGCCAUCCUUGAGGCAGAUGCCAGCCAGGUGUGCUCCAAGGACCCACACUACGAAGGCAUUCCACUGCACUGGGCGAAGAAGGCAGAGAUGACACGGCUGCUGCUGGAGUACGGCUCCGAGGUGAACGUGACGAGCCGGACGGCUGACAUGGCUCUGCACAUUGCGGUCAAAAAGGGUCGUUUCGACUGCGCCAUGGUCCUGCUGACACACGGUGCCCACACCAACGCCCGCGGUCAGGAUGGCAACACACCACUUCACCUGGCCAUGAAGCAUGACCACCUGGAUAUGAUCAAAGCCAUCAUUGUGUUUGGAGGAGAUGUCGAGAUCCCCAAUGAUUUCGGGGAGACACCAGGGCUGUUGGCAGCCAGGAGCAGCAAAGGUGCAAACCGGAAAGUGCUCUUAGACCUGCUGCAAACUGUAGGGACCGAACGCUGCCACCCACCACCCAACCCUGAGUCCCCAAGCCUGGCGCCAUCUGCCGCCUCCCUCCUGGAAGGCCAACCUUCCUCACGGAGCAGCUUCAACAGCUUAGGGUACCAGGACCUUCUGUAUGUUUCCACAACACUUGGACAGAUGUUGAAGGCACCAGAUAGUGUGGACACGCCCACUGAGAGCAGAAGAAACCAGGACCGCCUCCUGUGCCUGGAUGGAGGGGGCAUCCGGGGCCUUGUGCUCAUCCAGCUCCUCCUGGCUAUUGAAAAGGCUGCAGGCCGUCCCAUUCGUGAGAUUUUUGACUGGAUCGCGGGGACCAGCACUGGAGGGAUCUUGGCCUUGGCUAUUGUACAUGGGAAGUCCAUGGACUACAUGCGCUGCCUGUACUUCCGCAUGAAGGACAUGGUGUUCCGAGGGUCUCGGCCCUACGAAUCGGAGCCCCUGAAUGAGUUCUUGAAGAAGGAAUUUGGGGAAAACACCAAAAUGACUGAUGUAAAGAAACCCAAGGUCAUGGUGACAGGCACACUGUGUGACCGACAGCCAGCUGAGCUCCACCUUUUCCGGAAUUACCCUGUACCAGAGACAAGAACCUCCACUGAAUACAAGACAAAUGCAUCUUUCAAACCACUCACUCCACCAGAAGACCAGCUUGUGUGGCGUGCUGCCCGCUGCAGCGGCGCAGCUCCCACGUACUUCAGGCCCAUAGGUCGCUUUCUGGAUGGUGGACUGCUGGCCAACAACCCAACCCUCGAUGCCAUGACUGAGAUCCAUGAGUACAACAAGACGCUGACCAAAAAGGGUCAGACACAGGAAGUAAGAAAAUUGGGGUUGGUGGUCUCCCUGGGGACAGGGAAGCCUCCACAGGUCCCGGUGAGCUCUGUGGAUGUUUUCCGCCCCUCCAACCCUUGGGAGCUGGCCAAGACCGUCUUCGGGGCAAGGGAGCUCGGCAAGAUGGUGGUGGAUUGUUGCACUGACGCAGAUGGCCCAGCUGUGGAUCGUGCCAGGGCCUGGUGUGAGAUGACGGAUGUCCCAUAUUUCCGGCUCAGCCCUCAGCUGCACACAGAGGUGAUGCUGGAUGAGGUGAAUGACACUGUGUUGGUGAACGCUCUCUGGGACACCCAGAUGUACAUCUACCAGCAGCGGGAGCAGUUUGAGCAGCUGGUGCAACAUCUCUGCCGAUGACUGGCCUGGAGGUUCUCGUUCUGCAUCCUGAAGGGAAGGAGCAGCACACACUGAAAUGACUCGGAUUUGCCCUUGAAUCAAGGUGUUGAGGUAGGGAGGGACUAGUAAUAAUAAUAAUAAUUAUGAGGAAUUAAAAGUAUUUAAUAGAAAACAGUGCACAUACACAUGUAUUC